AUGACUCGUAAAGGCACUGCUAAGUUAGAUGAACUUCGUAAGAUCGAGAACCAAAUUCAAGAUUUUUGGGAAUCACAUAAGAUAUUUGAAACGGACGCUCCUUCAAAUAAAAGUGAAAAUACCGAGAAAUUCUUCGUUACUUUCCCUUAUCCCUAUAUGAAUGGAAGGUUACAUUUGGGUCAUACAUUUUCCUUAUCUAAGUGUGAGUUUUCAGUAGGUUAUGAGCGCUUGAAAGGGAAAUCAUCACUUUGGCCUUUUGGUCUUCAUUGUACUGGUACACCUAUCUUAGCGUCAGCUGAUAAAUUGGCUCGGGAAUGUGAGGAGUUUGGAUGUCCCCCUGUCUUUCCACUUGAAACCUCCGAUGGUUCUGCAGAGACUGAAGUACAGGCGUCUGGUCAAGGAAAAAGUAAAAAGAGCAAAGCUGUUGCCAAAACUGGCAGUGUAAAAUACCAGUGGCAAAUAAUGCAAAGCCUUGGGUUAAGUGAUGCUGAAAUAGUCAGAUUCAAGGAACCUAGACAUUGGUUAUCUUACUUCCCAUCCAUGGCAAUCAAAGAUCUACAAAAAUUGGGUGUUAAGGUCGAUUGGAGAAGAUCUUUUAUCACAACAGAUGUCAAUCCAUAUUAUGACUCUUUUGUUCGGUGGCAGUUUUUGACUCUUAAGAAACAAAAAAGAAUCCAGUAUGGUAAACGGUACACGAUAUUCUCCGCUAAAGAUAAUCAGCCGUGUAUGGAUCAUGAACGGACUGUUGGUGAAGGUGUGGUUCCUCAAGAGUACACUUUAAUCAAAUUGCAGAUUGUAGUAGAUUUCCCUGCACAAUUCAGUUUUAUGAACCAGUUGAAAGAACCCGUCUACCUUGUGGCAGCAACUUUACGUCCUGAAACAAUGUUUGGACAGACAAACUGUUGGGUUCAUCCCGAAAUAGAUUAUGUCGGAGUAAAGAGCCUACGGGAAUCUUGCAUCUUAAUUUGCACUCAACGAGCUGCUCAGAAUAUGGCUUAUCAGGGUAUUCUAGAUCCUUCACGUCCAGGACAUAUUGAUGUAGUCGCAAAUUUCAAGGGUGUUGAUCUCCUUGGUUUGAAAGUUAAAGCUCCACUAUCAACAUAUGAUAGUGGAGUAUACGUUCUACCCAUGAUGUCGAUUCGGUCGACUAAAGGAACCGGAGUUGUAACCAGUGUUCCUAGUGAUUCACCAGACGAUUGGGUUGCAUUACGGGAUUUGAAGAAAAAGCCUGCAUUUCGUGAAAAGUACAACCUUCUUGAGUCAAUGGUCUUACCAUUUGAACCGGUUCCCAUUAUUGAGACACCAGAUUUAGGCAAUCUACCAGCUAUUACAAUAGUUGAUCAAUUGAAAAUACAAAGUCAAAAUGAUCGAGACAAACUACAAGAAGCUAAGGAGAAAGUUUAUCGUGUUGGCUUUUACGAUGGAGUUAUGCUGGUAGAAAAGUAUAAAGGCAUGAAAGUUAAUACGGUCAAAAAGCUUAUUCAAGAUGAGUUAAUUAAAUCGAAUCAAGCAAUAGUUUAUUAUGAACCAGAGAAUUUGGUUAUCACACGUGGUGGAGAUGAAGCAGUGGUUGCUUUAUGCGAUCAAUGGUACCUAGAUUAUGGAUCUGAAGAAUGGAAAUCGGAUGUUCGCCAGGCUAUAACUAAUUUAUGUGCAACUGAUGAAGUUAGACGUAAUCUCUUUUCAACUGUUGAUUGGUUGCAUGAACAUGCCUGUUCUCGUACCUAUGGAUUGGGUAGUCGUUUACCUUGGGAUGAGAAAUGGCUAAUUGAAUCGUUGUCUGAUUCUACUAUAUAUAUGGCAUAUUAUACUAUUGUUCACUUGUUACAUGGUGGAUCCUUAGAUGGUAGCAAACCUGGUCCUCUUGGAAUUAAGCCAGAACAUAUGACACCAGAAGUUUGGGACUACAUAUUUUUGGGCGUCGGUAAUCCAGAGGAUUUGGUCAAGAUGAAAAUCCACUCUUCUCUAAGCGUACCACUUUUAAAACGACUACGUGAAGAAUUUCUAUUCUGGUAUCCAGUUGACUUGAGAGUUAGUGGUAAAGAUCUUGUUCCGAAUCAUCUAACCUACUAUCUUUACAAUCAUACUGCUAUAUGGGCAAAUCAACCAAAUCUGUGGCCUAGGAGUAUACGUGCCAAUGGUCAUCUACUACUGAAUUCUAAUAAAAUGUCGAAAUCCACUGGCAAUUUUCUCACAUUGUCUGAUGCAGUGGAUAAGUAUUCAGCUGAUGGUAUUCGCCUCGCCCUAGCUGAUGCUGGUGAUUCUUUAGAUGAUGCAAAUAUGAAAGAGGAAAUGGCGGAAGCAGGUCUCCUACGUCUUUAUGGCCUCUUAGAUUGGUUCAAUAUGACUUUAGAAACUUUGAAGGAUCCAGCCACACUUCAAAAGUCCAACUAUCGAGCAGGUCCGUAUACAAUGCAUGCAGAUUAUGUUUUCGAAAAUGAGAUGAAUAAUACUAUUGAGUUAGCUGAUAAAGCGUAUGCUGCACAAGAGUACAGAGAAGUGCUGAAAAUUGUUUUCUAUGAACUUCAGACACAUCGUGACAGGUAUCGUGAAGUUUGUCAAGGUAGUCUACAUAUCGAUCUAAUUCGACGUUAUAUGAAUGUUCAAUUGCUAUUGCUUUGUCCAAUAUGUUCACAUGUUUGUGAAUAUAUAUGGCUUAAGCUGUUGAACAAUAAAACUUCAAUUUUUUGUGAAACCUGGCCUAAAUUGACUCGUCCAGUGGAUCGAGUAUUGCUGUUGCAAGGUCGAUACAUUGAUAAUACCGCGCAUGCUUUCCGGCUUCAACUGAAGCAAUAUCAGACAGCAAAGUCCUUAAAGAACAACAAAACUGGUGAAUCCAAUCCUGCGAAUAGUUGGCUCCCACCUUCAGAAGCUGUUAUUUGGGUCGCAAAAGCUUAUCCACCAUGGCAGGCUCAAAUUCUCGAGAUUAUGGCAGCUAAUCUUUCAAAGGAUGGAAAACGUUUAGCAGAUAAUGCAACUUUAGCACAACUUCUUCGUCCUCAUUUAAAAGGUAUGGGAAAAAUGGCGAAACGUGCAAUGCCAUUUGUACAGUUAGUCAGGGAACGUUUUGAAAGUCAUGGUAAACAAGUACUCCAGCUUCAAUUAGAAGUAGAUGAAAGUGAUGUGCUUAAAAAGAAUUUAUCAUAUAUGAUUUCAACUUUGGGUUUAAGACAACCUGAUGGCUUAAAAAUCCUUUUCUCUUGUGAUUCUGAUGACCAGCGUGUACAAGAAAGUGUUUGCCCUUUAGAACCUCUUAUUAUUUUCCGUGAACCAUCGGCUGCAGCAUGCUUAACAUUCCUAAAUCCAGAUGUUGGUUCAGGCUUGUUUACGAUUAAUAGUAUGAAUAUAUGUGAUGGGGAUACACAUGCUGACGUGGUUUCACGUCUAAUUAACCACUGCCGGUCAUUUAUGCCAGGUGGUAAAGAGCUAAAAAAGGUAUCUCUGUAUCGUUUUGCUGAUCCGACGCGGGGUCCUUUGCAUAUUCCUCCUUAUUCUCCAGACAUUUUGCAGUUAGUCCAACCAACUGCUCGUUUUGCAGUCGACUCAUCGUCAUGUGUUACACUCCAGGUUGAUAAUACUCAAAUUGCUAUUGGUACAAAACUUGUGUAUACAGCUGUUGCUUCUUGA